CGGAAGUUUUGGAAGCGUGAAUGAACGUGAAGACGUAAAAUAUGAAUGCGCCACCCACAUUCGAAUCAUUCCUCUUAUUUGAGGGAGAAAAGAAAAUACAAAUCGAGAAAGAUACGAAGGUACCAAAUGCUGCCCUGUUUACGGUGAACAAGGAGGAUCACACCUUAGGCAACACCAUUACAGUUCAGCUGCUGAAGGACCCCCAGGUGUUGUUUGCUGGAUACAAGGUGCCCCACCCCCUAGAACACAAGUUUGUAGUGAGGAUACAGACCACACCCGACUACAGCCCCCAGGAGGCCUUCACCAAUGCCAUCACAGAUCUCAUCAGCGAGAUCUCACUGUUGGAGGAGAGAUUCAAAGAAUCGGUGAAAGAGCGACAGGAAGGAGACAUAUGAAGAGGAAGAACCAGAACAGAAAUAUGACUUUUUUAAAGUGAACAUUUCUUUUGAACCUCAACUGACUUAGUUAUUUGUGGUUUCCUAGUUUAUUGUGGUAUUGGUAACCAUGGUAACAGUCAUCAACAUUUUACUCCAAAGAUUCAGAGCAGCACUUACUGGAUGGGCAAGUGAAAUGUUAAAGCUUUGUGUAAAUGUACAUGCGAGAGUUCUGUUCAGAAUGUCAGUUACAUGCACUUCCCUUGUUACAUUCAUGAUUUAGUUUUGGAAACAGAAUCUGGAACCUGAACAUAAUUCUGAAUCAGAUGUGGUGGAGUAACCUAGUGGUUCAAGUGUAUGGGCCAGGCUCCGAUUCCCCACAUGGAUAUAAAAUCAUGCAUUCUUUAAUAUGUUGAGAUCCAGUGAUUAGAGAUUUCAUCUGAGGGUGAACCAUGCAAUAUUCACUAACAAGUGGCUUGAGGUUAUUGUGAGAACAGUCGUCAUAUUUCGUUUCAUUGUAUACAUUUGUAAAUAAAUCAUCUACAUCAUGA